AUGAAAGUAAAUCAAACUUUGAAACAGGAAAAUGAAGAAGAAACACGAACAUUUGAUGAAAUCCUUCAAAGUACAACCACUGAAAUUCGAAGAUUGAAAAGAAAAAAUGAGAACUUUCAUCAUGAAGUGGAGCAAGUAAAAGAACAUCAGAAAAAGCAGAAAGAAAAACUCGCUUUUGUAAAACAGUCACACACAUCUCUGAAGGAUAAUGUUGAUAAGAUAAAGAAAGAUGUUGCAAGUUUGAGUGUGUUUGCAAUAGAUUCCCAUCAACUUCAGAUUGACAGAUGGAAGAAAGACAACAAGAGAUUUAAGGAGAUAAAGGUAGUUAACGAUAUUGUUGCAGGAAUUAAAAAGGACUUAAACUGCAUAACAAUAACUGGAAUUCCCGGCAUUGGAAAGACGGCAACUUUGCAUCAUAUUGCUCUUCUAAUUAGUAAAGAAAACAAUUACACCAUUGUACCGUGCUUAAAUCCAAAUGAUAUAAUGCAAUACUAUAAAAAGGAUUCAUUUCAGGUUUUUGUCUUGGAUGAUAUAUGUGGAAGGUUCUCUUUAAAUGUAAGCAAAGUUGAUACGUUGUUAGAGGGUGAAGAAUGCAUAAAAGAUAUCAUGAAAGAAGGGAAAUCAAAAGUAAUGUCUACCUGUCGAUUACAGAUUUUGCAGGAGAUAGAACUCAAACAACUGGACUUCAUCAUUGGUAAACAAUUUGACAUGUCAAAAGAAUACCAACUUACUGUACAGGAAAAAAUUCAGAUUGCUCAUGAGUACUUAGCUAAUGAAGUUAUUGCAUGUAUUGAACAAAAUAUAAGUACAUAUUCAUGUUUUCCAUUGAAGUGCAAACUGUUUGAAGAAAGACAACAAGAUAAUCCAAAACAGUUUUUCCAGAAUCACUUUGAUGUGUAUGCAGAGGAAUUAAACAAGCUAGAAAAGCUACCUGAUAAAUCAAAGUAUUGUGCAAUUUUUUUGUCUGUAGUGUUUGAUGGUUGUAUCGACACUACAGUAUUAAUUCAAGAAGCUUCUGAUGAUUUAGUUUCUCAUACAGACACUCGGAUCAAACGGAUCUUGGCAAAGUUUAGAGUUGAUGAUGUAAGUAAAAUUGUGAUGAAAUUGGAAUCACUGUUAAAUGUUUACUUGAAAAAGGUGGACAACAAAUUUCUUGUUAUACAUGACACAAUGCUUGACUUUCUUUGUACCUACUUUGGACAAAAGAAUCAAAAAGAACUUAUUCAGUUUGCAGAUAUCAAAGUUUUACAAGAGCGCACAAUCUUUAAAUCUUUAAGCCAAUUGAACUUAAUUGAGACUGAUGAUUUUACAGUUGUCAUAGCAGAAGAGAAUAUGGUUCUUUACUUAAAUCGCCUUAUAAAUGAAAUCAAAAAUGGAAAAAUAGAGGCAGUGUUUUAUAACAGGCAAAUGCAAUCUAAAGAGUUUAGAAAACAGAUGAUCCAGGCUAUGACCAAAAGAGACGAAUCUUUUCUUCGACAACUUAUAGUUACAAAGGGCCAUAUGUUACGUGAAAUGCAUGGUAGCAUAAUGCAUACCCCUCUGUCAUUGGCAUCCUACCUUGGAUAUGAUGAUCUUGUAAUGUUUAUGCUCAAACUUAUUGACAAGCAAGAUGAAGAAUUAUUCAAUGCAAUUCAAACAACAUGUUUUGCUGGUCAUGCAAAUCUCCUUAAAUUUUUUAUUGAAAAGGAAGGUAAAAUGGAAUUCAUAGACAAAGAAUCGAAUUAUUUCAAAUUACUUGAAAUUGCUUGCAAAAAAGGUCAUACAAAUAUAGUAGAGACGCUCUUGCAAGAAGGAUGCAAUGUAAAUGCUACUAAUUCUGAUGGGAAGACUUUUUUAAUGUUUGCAUGUUACUAUGAACACCCCGAGAUCAUCAAUGUUCUAAUUAGCUAUGGAGUUGACAUAAAUAAACGUGAUAAAGAUGGAGAAUCUGCUAUUAUGAUAGCUUGCAACAAGGAAAGUCUCCUUAUUGUAGAAAAUCUUCUCAAGUCAGGUGCAAAUGUAAAUUUAUGUGAUAAGUCAGAUACAACACCUCUAAUGGCUUCUUGCCAGAUAGAAAAUGUUCACCUUGUAGAAUUAUUGUUAAAAGCAGGUGCAGAUGUCAAUAAGAAAGGGCGAAAUGCUUCUUCUAUUUUCGGAGGAUUUAUGAACAUGUUUGUUGAUUCUUUGACUGAUUUUGAAAAUGUUAAGAUAUCUGACAAGGAUGGCUGGACAGCACUUCAUAUAGCGACAAUGCAUGGAAACAAAAGAAUAAUUGAAGUUCUAAUCAACUAUGGUGCUAAAGUGGACUUGGUCAAUGAAUUCGGCUUAAGUCCUGUGAUGAUAGCUAGCAUGUCGGAAAAUAUCGACAUUGCAACAUUAUUGAUUAACAAAAAUGCUGAUAUUAACAUACAAGAUAAAUUAGGUAGAACUUGUCUAAUGACCGCUUGUGAUACACAAAACUUUGACAUGGCAAAAUUGUUUUUAAGCAAAAAGGCAUUAAAAGAGAAAAGGGAUAUUCUAGCGAGAACUGCGUUACAAAUUGCAUGUACUCAUGGAAAUGUUUCCUUAGUUCAAGAAUUAGUAAAAGCAGGUGCAUGCAUAAACACUCAGGAUGUUGUUGGUCACACCUGCAUAAGCAUAUCAGCUAUCAAUGGAAAUGAUAAAAUUUUACAAAUACUUAUAGAAGGUGGAGGAAAUAUACAUAAAGCUGACCAAAAAGGUUGGACACCAUUGAAAAAGGCCUGCCAUUUUGGAAACGAUUCUGUAGUAACACUCUUACUGAAGCAUGGUGCAUUAGUUGAUCAGGCUGAUAAUGAAGGCUGGACACCCCUAAUGUCAGCAUGCAAGAUAGGUCAUGUGAGUAUUGCAGAAAAUUUAAUCAGAAAUUCUGCUAAAGUUGACCAUAAAAGUACCGAUGACUAUACACCUCUGAUGAUUGCAAGUAAGACAAAUCAGGUUAAAAUAAUGAAUAUGCUUAUUGCAUCAGGUGCCUGCGUUGACCAUCAAGAUGGCAAAGGUGUUACAGCUCUUGGCCUUGCAAGUCUUGUAGGAAACACAGAUGCAAUAAAAUGUCUUUUGUCGAAAGGAGCAGAUGUAAAUAAAAAGGAUUUAAAAGGCUUCAGUCCUCUAAAAAUAGCCAGCAGUUCUGGGCAUGUAAAUUCGGUCAAAAUUUUAAUAAAGGGGGGUGCUGAUGUUGAUAUUAUAGACAACCAAGGAUGGACACCUUUGAAAUCUGCCUCUAGACAUGGUCAUUUAGCAGUAGCAACCAUCUUAAUAGAUAACAAAGCCAACAUCAAUAUGCAUGAUGAAGAAGGAUGGACACCUCUAAAAAUUUCAUCAUUGAGAGGACAUACAACUAUUGUUAAUCUUUUACUUAACAAAGAUGCCAACAUAGAACAAGCUGACAGUGCAGGAUGGACGCCUUUGAUGUCAGCUUGCCAAGGAGGGCACAGGGAUAUUGUUAUGAAGCUUAUUGAGAAAGGUGCAAAUAUCAAUCAUUCUUCUUCUGAUGGGCACACUCCUGUUAUUGUAGCUUGUAAAAAUGCAAAUACUGAUAUCUUGCAGAUUCUCAUUUCAAAUGGAGCUAAUAUUCAGACAGCCGAUAACAAAGGACUAACUCCGCUAAGAAUUGCAUGUGACCAAAUUCAGUCGAGCAAGGUCAAAUUGUUGAUAGAGUCUGGUGCUGAUGUUGAUCGUGUAGAUGUAAACAAUAUAAGCCCCCUAAAUGCAGCAUGUGAACAUGGAGAGUACAGUAUUGUUAAAUCUCUUGUAGAUGCUAAAGCAAACAUCAAUCUUGCUGAUAAGGAGGGUUGUACCCCUCUCCUGAGGGCAUGCGAAUUUGGUCAGUUGAAAAUUGUUCAGUUUUUAGUUAAGAUUGGUUCUAGUGUACAACAUGCUAAUGAUAGUGGGUGGACGCCUCUUUUAGUAGCAGUCAGAGAAAAACAUGAUGGAAUAAAAAACUUUUUAGAGUCUCAGGGUGCAAUUUUUGGAAAGGAGGAUUUGCUUGUUGCUUGUGAAAAAGGACAUAUUCAUAUUGUAAAAUUAUUGAUUGAAAAAGAUUUUGACAUAAAUGCUACUGGGUCAGCGGGAUUGUGUCCAUUGAUGUCAGCAUUGAAUAAUCAGCAUUUUGAUGUUGCCGAUUAUCUGUUACAGUUAAAAGCAGACGUUAAACCAAAUGACAAAAGUUGGAGUUUACUGAUAGAAAAGCUUCAUAUCGAUGGUUCAACGCUACUAACAAAGGCUUGUGCAACUGGAUAUAAGCAAAUAGUUCAAUUGAUUAUGCAACACACAAAAGAUAUUAGGCGAUCAGAUCAAAAUGGAUGGGCUCCCCUAACCAUUGCUUGUUAUGGUGGACAUCAGGCUAUUAUGGAACUUUUGAUAGAAAAUGGACUCCAACCCAACGAAGCUGACGGCAAUAAGCAGACACCAUUUUUAGUUGCACUGGAUAGAAAUCAUGUCCAUAUCAUAGAGUAUUUGAUUUCAAUAGGACUUGACGUGAAAAUACUCAACGACGUUGAUGACACAGGAUGUACACCACUAAUGAAUACAUGCCGCAGGAAUCAACUUACAAUGCUAGACAUUUUGAUAUCAGGAGGCGCUGAUGUUAAUAAAGUUGGAGUAAGCAAUAAAUCUGCUUUAGAAAUAGCAGGUGAGGAGGAACACUGGCAAUGUGUAGAUUUGCUUUUGAAGAAAGGGACAAACUUCAAUGGCUAUGAAAGAAUCUUCAAUGACUUAAAAGACAAGUUAGAGAUUUUGCAGAUAACGUGCAAAAAUGGUUUGAAAGACUUACUUCUUGUUCUCUUAAAAGAAAUUGACAAAGAUAUUUUACUGAAAAAUGGAGAUUCCCUUCUGACGCAUGCAUGUAAACAUGGACAGAUGGAUAUUGUACAGUUGCUCUGUAGUGAAGGUGCAAAUAUAGACAAGCAAGAUGAUCACUUUAACACACCACUUGAAUUAGCCUGUGAUGGUGGAUAUAUCAAAAUGAUUGAAUAUUUGAUUCAUAGAGGUGCCCGUGUUGAUAUCCCAAGUAACAAGGGACCUACUCCAUUGAUAACUGCUUGCUUAACUGGACAACUUUUAACUGUGAAAGCAUUGAUGGGUACAGGUGCCAACAAAUACAAGAUAGAGAUAAAUGAGUCAUUAAUUAGUUCUGCUUGUUCAGGAAGACAGUAUGAAGUGAUAGAUUUUCUUAUUGAAUCAGGUAUAGAUAUCAAACCCGUCGAACAUUACUUUAGAGACUUGAUUGCUCAGCAUUGUGCAGACGGUUUAGAUCUAUUGUCUAUAUCAUGUAAAAAGGGACUCAAAUCUUUCACAAACUAUCUGAUUUCAAAUAAACAAUAUGCGAAUAAAGUAAAGAAUGAUAGUUUAAAAUAUAUAAUGUUUGCAUGUGACUGUGGUCAUGAAUCGAUUGUCUCUUUGUUUAUUUCAAGAGGUUUAGAUUUUAACCAAGUAGACGAAAAGGGAAUGACCCCUUUGCAACUAGCUUGUAAAAUUGGACAUGCAAACAUUGUUGAGAGUAUUAUUCGGAUGAAAGUAGACAUAAAUAAAGCUAAUUUAAAGGGUCAUACUCCUCUCCAUAUUGCAUGCAUCGUUGGAAACGAACAUGUUGUAUCAUCCCUUAUAGCAGCAAAGGCAACAAUAAACUCAAAAGACAAACAGGGUGUUACUCCAAUUAAGUUGGCAUGUGCAUUUGGACAUAAACGAAUUGUUGAAAUACUUGUAAGAAAUGGGGCAGAUUUAAGUAUUUGUGAUCUUGAAAAAUGGUCGCCAUUGAUGACUUCCUGUCAAAAAGGAUACACACAAAUUGCCGAAUUCCUUAUUCAAAAAGGGGCCUGUGUAAACAGUUCAACACAAGAUGGCACGACAGCUUUAAUAAUAGCAUGCAACGAAGGUAACACCAACAUAGCUGAGAUUUUAAUCAACAAUGGAGCAACUGUAGAUUUACCAUCUGAGAAAGGAUGGACACCCCUUAAAGUGGCAUGUAAGCAUGAACGUGCGUCUAUUGUAGCUUUACUCUUGAAAAAAGGAGCAAAUGUUAACAUAUGUGACAAGGAAUCUUGGUCACCGUUAAUGUCAGUUUGCCAAACUGAUAACUUGCAUAUUUUACAACUUCUUUUAGACCACAAAAUUGAUGUAAAUAAAACAACCAAAGAUGGCCAAACACCUCUUAGAAUAGCUUGUGAAGCCGGACAGCUAAACAUUGCAAGGACUUUAAUUGAAAAUGGGGCAGAUAUCAUGAAAUCCGAUAAAAACAAAUUAACCCCGUUACAUGUAGCAUGUGCUCCAAGUCUCGACAAGAUGAUUAACGAACUUAAUGAAGCAACUUCAACUCUUCUAACAGGUUCAAAACCUGUCGCCAAAAAAACACCGGAUAUGAAUCUUCGUGUCGCGGAAAUGCUUAUUAAAUGUGGGGCAAGUACUAAUCAGGCAACAACAGAAGGGGUAACGCCAUUACUACUUGCCUGUAUGGGUGGCGAUUUGGAAAUCAUAGGCAUGCUUAUAGAUAAAGGAGCAAAUGUAAAUACAGCAGAUAAGAAAGGAAUGACAGCCUUGAGUAUCGCUUCCAAAGAAUCAAAUGGUGAUGCUGUGAAAUUAUUGCUUGACAAUGGAGCUUUGCCAGAUACAGAAGACACUGAUGGAGACUCGCCACUUCAUUAUGCUUUAAUGCAACAACAAAUACCGGAGAAUCAGCUACUAACGCAGAUAACAUCUGCCCUGUUCCUCAAGGACAACUGCUUGGACAUAAUUGAACAGUUACUUGAGAAGGGAGCUGACAUAAAUUAUUCCAAUAAAAUGGGAUAUACUCCAAUGAUGGUAGCAUGUAUGUAUGGCAAUUUAAAAGGAGUUAAAGUAUUGACUGAAAAUGGGGCUGACAUUUCCAAAAGGGAUAAAAUUGGAAGGACUGUACUAUUUUUUGCCUGUGUAAACGAUAAUUCAAAUAUUUUGCAGUACUUGGUUGAAAAGGGCACAAAAGUCAACGAUGUUGAUAAAUUCGGAAUUUCACCCCUGAAAUAUUUGUGUGAUAAAAUCGAAGAACUUGAUAAUACAUUUGAGCACUCACUUUCCAAAUUGCUUCAACCAAGCAUAACAGUAAAUGAUCCGUUGAACAAUGAGUUUGAAGAAGAACUAAAAAACAAAAUAUUGCUCCUAGUUGAAAAUGGGGCUGAUAAUGCAAAUGUAAAUCCUUUCAACAAAGUUGGAUGGACUCCAUUAAUGUUUGCAUGCAAGUCAGGUCAUCGAGGUAUUGUUAAACUUCUACUUGAGCAUGGAGCUAAUCCAACUUGGUAUAGUAAUGAUAGAUGGUAUCCUCUUAAAUUGGCUAAAAAUGGAAAUUUUAAAAGCAUAGAAAGUUUACUAAAUGAAUAUGGAGCCUAUAUGAACGAGGACGAUGACUGA